UUUUCACAGGUGUCACUUUCCUAUUUGAAGGCCGACAGUAAAUUCCCUUGACUUUUUUCCGAAAAUAAAAAUAAAAAUAACUUUUUCUUUUCUCCCACGGAAUUAAAUUUUAAUUUAUUUCAAUUAAAAAGUAAAAAAACAAACUCAGUGAAAAAGAAAUUAUUUACAUAUUAUCUCCAAAAUAAAUGUCAUCAUCCACAACAACAAUGAAACCACGUACAGUAAUCGUAUUAAAAUCCGAAUCCGAUUCAACCGAUACUUACGCUCAAUUACUUCGUGAAAAUAAUUUCAAUGCUAUCUUUGUACCAACUUUGGGCUUUGGUUUUAAAAAACUCGAUGAACUUCGACAAAAACUAAUUAAUGCCGAACAAUAUGCCGGUGUAAUAUUCACCUCCCCGCGAUGCAUUGAGGCAGUAAUCGAGGCAUUGCAACAAAGAGAAAUGCCAAAGAGUUGGCAUUUGUUGCAUAAUUUCUCAGUUGGCGAGGUCACGCAUAAUUUGGCCAUGACGCGACUACAACAAUUGUUUACUCGCGGCAAAGAAACUGGCAAUGCUAGUGCAUUGGCUGAUUUUAUAAUUGAAACAUUUGAUGGCGAUAAAGAGAAGCCUUUUCUUUUGCCAUGUGGCAAUUUGAGAACUGAUAUUUUGUUAUCUAAAUUGGGUGUCAAUGGGUUUCUUGUGGAUGCUGUUGAAGUUUAUGAAACUAUUUGUCAUCCAGAGUUGGGGGAGACUCUUGAUCGGGCUUUGAAAGAGGAGAAUGUUGAGUUUUUGGCAUUCUUUAGUCCCUCCGGGGUUAAUUGCACUGUUGACCAUUUUGCAAAGAAUAAUUUGAGUUUUGAAGGGAAGAAAUUGAUUGCAAUUGGACCGAGUACUCGGAAGUGCAUUGAAGAGAGAGGUCUGACAGUUUAUCGGACAGCUGAAAGACCAUCUGUGGAGUAUCUUAUCAAGGUUCUGAUAAAUCCGGAUGAUUGCAGACUUAAAUUGGAAGACUAAAUAUAAGUUCUAAGAUCGAGGGAAUUAUGAGUCUCAUAUCGACCGUUUGUCUAUUGUCUUCUUAACCUCAGUGAGUUUUCAAUAUUGGCAUCUAACAAAACAAAAUUGGAGAAAACCAUCAUAAAAGACUGACCACGUUUUGAGGGUUAACAAUAAUAUGAACUAAAAUUUUAUUUUAUUUAAA